AUGCGGUACAUGCAAGUUUCUUCAAUCAUUCAACGUGUAAAUAAAAAGCAGUGCUUAUUGCCUACAAGAUCUUAUGUGUCUCAAGAUGAUAAUGAAUCUGGGGUUAUUGAGGAGUUAUGUAAAGGAGAUCAAGAUUUAGAAAAAAAAUUAAAAAUACUUAUGCUAGAAGUUGAAGUUAUGAGACAAGAUGGCCGACAGGCCCCAAGUAAUUUACAAAAAAGGCAUUGGGAACAUUUGUUGUCUCUUUCAAGUAGAAAUCAAAGAUCAAAUUAUUUACUUUAUCUAUGGAAAACAGAAAAAUCAAGGGAAAAUGAAAAAGCUAAAAAAGAAGCAAGAAGACUGGAAUUCGAAGCCACAAAAGAUGAAGAAAUUCCAAAAGAGCAUCCAGAUGAUUUAUUAUACGGAAUAAAACACCAGUCUUUAUUUUUACGUAUCCGUGAUCAGUCUAUUAACAACUUUGAUAAUUAUAGAGCACUCAAAGCAAUGAUGUUCGGACAACCUGUUGUUAUAGACUGCUCAUAUGAACAGCACAUGGUAUGGAGAGAAGCUUUAAAUGCUGCCAAACAAAUGACGUUUGUUUUCGGAGACAAUAGAAUUCAUAAGGACCCAUUUAAUAUUCAUAUGUGCAAUGUAAACCAAGAAGGCGAAUUUAUGAAACAGCUGCGAAAAAAUAUUCCAUCAUUGGAUGAGCCUUGGUUUCCGCUAAAUAUUCACACUAAAAGUUAUUUAGACAUAUUUCCAAAGGAGAAAUUAAUAUAUCUAACGCCUCAUUGCCGUGAGGAAUUAACAAAUUUUGACCAUGACGCUAUUUAUAUAAUUGGAUGUAUGGUUGACAAGAUAAACAAUGAACCUCUCUCAUUAGCAAAAGCUAAACGGGAUGGAGUCAAAAUGGCUAAAUUACCUUUAGAUCGGUAUUUGGAAUGGGGACCCGGUUCAAAGAAAAAUUUAAAUAUAAACCAUAUGGUUCCCAUUCUUUUGGACUUAAAAUUGACGGGUGAUUGGGAAUUUUCAUUACAGCAUAUUCCAAGAAGAAAGCUAAUGGAGACCAAAGUAAUGGCUAUGCAAAAAAAGCUACAGAAUAGCCCUCUAGCCCAAGAACAAGUCUUUAAAAAUUUGAAAUUCAAUAGACAGUCAUUUAGAGAAAAAAGAUUUAAAACUAAACAAACAUUAUAUGAUGAUGAAAAUAUAUAG